AACAAGUCCCAAAGGAAUGACCGUUGAUGUGAUUAUCCUUAAUAAUAAAAACCAAACCAAGAAGAAGAGGGAAGAGAAGACUCGAUUAUCGCUCAUGCUGGUGCCUCAACUCGAAGCAACUCAAUCAAUCAAGAACAAGCUAGUACAGAAGCACGUCUGAAUCAACCCAAUCAUUCUGAUUCCAAUAAUUGGUUUCCGCGCGAUAUUGCUGUCCGCGCGCACAAAACCACUAUAAACGGUAACGGAGGAUCAACGAUAGAAAAAAAAUUUAAAUUCAAAUUCAGAGAGAGAGAGAGAGAGAGAAUGGAUAUUUUGAGAAUGGCAGUAUCGGCAACGCAGAGAGGGAAAUUGAUAGCAGCAGGCUACACUUCUCUCUCUUCACUUUCCUCUAUCUCGCCCCCUGUUCUUGCUCGAGAUCUUCAAAUUCCAGAGAGUGAAGCUUCUGAAAUUCUGAAGGCUGCAUCACAAAGUGUUAGAUUGGACAAUUCCAAUGGAUGUCAUGCUAUUAUCGCUGGUGCACAGACUGCCUGGGACAUGCUCAAUGAAGAGGAUACAUCAAGAUGCAUUACUACAUCCUGUGCAGACUUGGACAAUAUCCUGGGUGGGGGAAUAAAUUGCAAAGAAGUAACUGAAAUUGGUGGAGUACCAGGCAUUGGUAAAACACAACUGGGGAUUCAACUUGCAGUGAACGUACAACGUCCAGCUGAUUAUGGUGGUCUUGGUGGCAAGGCAAUUUACAUAGACACAGAAGGUAGCUUUAUGGUGGAGCGUGCUUUACAAAUUGCUGAAGCAUGUGUGGAAGACAUGUUGGAAUAUCGUGGCUUUUUACGGAAAAACUUUGAGCCCUGUCACGUUUCAAUGCAGCCCAAGGAUUUCCUGGCAAAUAUUUUCUAUUUCCGCAUAUGCAGUUAUACAGAACAACUUGCUGUUGUAAAUUACUUGGAUAAAUUCAUCUCAGAUCAUAAGGAUGUUAAGCUUGUUAUUAUUGAUAGUGUAACUUUCCACUUCCGUCAAGAUUUUGAUGACAUGGCGCUCAGAACUAGAUUACUCAGUGGAAUGGCAUUAAAGUUGAUAAAACUUGCAAAGAAGAACAGUCUGGCAGUUGUUCUCUUGAAUCAGGCGACGACCAAGUAUUCAAAUGGUUCAUUCCAUUUAUCCCUUGCCUUAGGUGACAGUUGGUCUCAUGCCUGCACCAAUCGGGUCAUUUUGUACUGGAAUGGUAACGAACGAUACGCUUAUCUCGACAAGUCUCCCUCUCUUCCCUCGGCAUCAGCACCAUACUCUGUCACGCCCAAAGGGAUCCGCGAUGCAACUUCAAGCUGUAAAAGAAUCAAAAUGAUGUAAGUUUGAAGUUAGAUUGAAGAUGGGUUACAGCCUUGGCAGGUACAUUUCAUCUCUGGUGGAAUUGUGAUAGAGACUCUUUUGUUCUGAUUUGUGCAAAUAACUAUUGAAAUGAACCAAACUUGGGGAGUGAAAUAUGCAUUUUUUUUUAUCUGGUGAUCCUUGGAAGUUGAUAAUAAAUAAUACUCUUCAGUGAGUCUACUACAUACAAGGCUCUCUGUUCCAAUUUCCUUUCAGGAAAAUAA